CGGGUAUAUGAACAUGGAGCGUUGUGGCACAGUGCAUAAGUCUCCGGAUUUUGAAACAGAGGGUCGUGGGUUCAAACACCAGCCAAUGCGUACACUCUAAAAAAAAAGGGGGAUUACCCAAUAUUGGGUAAAAAUGGGAACAUACAUGUUGGUUGGGUAAAAGGGUAAUUUUUACGCAACGUUGUAUUGCAGCAAAUAGCGCCCUAUAUAUGGGAUUAAAAAAAGUACCUAGCAAACAUGUACAUGUAUGUUCCCUUUCUUACCAAUAUUGGGUAAUAUUUGACUCUGCGUUUUUAGAGUGUAUCCUCCAGCAAGAAAUAUUGAUCAACAUUGUGCCCUUAUUCCACUGUGAGAUGGCGACAGAAUGUAUUCCAUCGUUUGAGCCUCAACUCCUUGGUAUAACGCAUAGUGAACUCAUGUGCAUGCAUCAUUGUGUAUAACUCGAUGAUGCAUGUGUAUUAUGUACGCUUCAACUUGAACUUCCUUUUAUCGUGCAUGCAGUCAUUAACGUAUGUCUCGUUCCUGGGAGAAUCCGGUGGUACAUGAUAACUAGUAUAGCCAGGCAGCAACAUAUUGGGCAUAUAUUAUCGGAUCAGACGACUGGGGGCGAGGAGCAUAUAUCUCUAUGGAGGUGAUGUCGACCAUAAUGUCUCUAACAUGGUGCUCAAUCGUUCAAAAGCUUUGUGGUGCUUGCUGCUUACAAUGUGUGUUUCAUUGUCAUGGUUAUUGUGGUAUAAGCCAUGGGUAUGGACAUCUGUUAAUAACAUCUACAUGUUCAAAUUCUCCCCAUUGACUGUGAACAGCGAAGAUAAAUAUAUUACACAUUACAUCGAGGAUAUCAGAAAUUACACCAAUUCGACUCUUCAUACUUUAGGAAAGGAUGCCUUUAUUUUCGACUACAGGGAAAAGAACAUCAGUGCAACAGUGGCCUUAGAAAUUAGGAAUAAAGUCCAGAAGAUCAUGAAGCCGUGGCAGACCAUCCAGGUAUAUCGUCCGAACGUGAACCCCAUGGACAUGCACUGGGUCACCAAUCUUCAACAGCUCCGGAAGGCCAACCAGACCGAUUGGAUCGAGCAUCGGGUCAAAACCUGUGCAGUGGUUGGGAAUUCCGGUAUCCUCUUGGGCAGCAAUUGCGGUCCCACCAUAGACAGCAUGGACACCAUUAUCAGGAUGAACUUGGCGGAAUUCGGCUCCGGGUAUUCAUCGGAUGUGGGCUCAAGGCUCACCUACAUGACUAUCAAUAGGGAACAACUGCGUCUGGUGCUCGCCUGCUUUUUUAACAUGACCAAGGGUGACGUUGAGGAGCUUCGGACGAACACCACGAGACCUGUUCUUUCAGCAGAAUGUGACAAUUUCAUCAGGAGGUUUGGGAUGAUCCGGGAGGAUGUGCUGUGGCUCUUCAAGGGCCGACUUCCGGGUUUACAGGAGGUCUUGUCCCUGCUAAGAAAGAGAUUUGGCCUGAGAUUCAAGUUUGCUUACAGCCCCUUGGAUCCCAUCAACCCCACAUUAAAAUUAUGGAAACAAAAAUAUCCGACUACGGGCCUCGCGAUGUACACCGCUGCUACUCAACUGUGUGACGAGAUAUCAUUAUUUGGAUUCUAUCCAUUCUACACAGAUGACUAUAACAGAACCGUACUACAUCAUUAUUAUGAACCGGAACUAAAAGAUUUUGAGGUUCAUCACGAAAUGCCAAAGGAAUAUAAACUCUUCCUUGAUUUAGAUAGGAAGGGCGCGCUUCGUCUUAUUCAAAACUGUUCUUCGAAUGGGAUGAGUCCAAGAAGACAUGGAUUAUGAUUGAUCUUUCAUAGCCGAGAUGGAACGUUCCAUUUAAUGCUAAGAAUAACGAUUAGACAAAGAAAGUGAUUUUUUCCUUUUUAUAGGAAAAGGAGGAGCCGUGGAGGAGCCGUGGUGUAGUGGUU